CCCCUGAUUGGUUUAUCAUGAAUAUCGCCGAACAUGGUAAAGGGAGAUUUCGCAAUCGGUUGCUGUCCAUGUUCCAAACAAAAACAGUGCGAGCGGUCAGAGACGCUAUUAAAGUGACAUUUUCUGCCCCGAUCUGUCCGGAUAGACGGAUUGUUAAACCAUCGGUCUCCUGUUGAAGACCGGCUCAGCUCCCAGAUCUCCUCCUCGUCUUGUUCUUGUCACCGAUUCAUCUCUAUAUCUGAGGAGGCUUCAGUCAAACUUCAGUUCCUGCAGGCAACACAUCCAAAUGAGCCGGCGGCAGCAGCCGAAACCCAGCACAACUGACCACAACGGCGUGAGUGUCAUCCAGAGCCAGGCCCACGCCACCUCAUCCUCCCCAUCCCUGCCAGCCGCCAUAACUGGACUACAGCAGGUCCCUCAGCUCAUUCCUGCCAACCCUUCUGCUGCCGGAGGAAAAUCCAUACCUCCAAGCAAGAUGAAGAAGCCCUCUGUGGACAAGGACAGCGACGAGUACCGGCAGCGGCGCGAGCGCAACAACCUGGCGGUGAAGAAGAGCCGCAUGCGCAGCAAGCAGAAGGCGAUGGACACGCAGCAACGCGUCAACGAGCUGAAGGAGGAGAACGAGCGGCUGGAGGCCAAAAUCAAGCUGCUCAGCAAGGAGCUGAGCGUGCUCAAAGACCUUUUCCUGGAGCAUGCUCACAACCUGGCUGACAACGUGCAGCCACCAUCCGGCGUCGAGGGCACCAGCCCUGUCCCUAACGGCAACCCCACCAAUGGGCAGUGAGUGGCGGGGCCACAGGGACUUUAGUAUCUGCAGGUUCUCUGGAAACAAGCCUCACAUCUUCUUCUCUGCUUUUCUUCAUGGUUAUCUGUCAUUAUUCCCAUUAGCCAUGGCCCCGCCCUUUUAAAUGAUGUCACCUGGAGACGUUUCAGUGUUUAGCUUCCAGGACUGGAAACGACUUUUGCUAUAAUCCAGUAAAAUCUCAGACUACCAAGACUUCUGUCAACAGGGGCCGAUACUCUGAUCAGUUCUGAGGGACAUUGGCGUCGGACUACACAUGGUUCUGUCGGACCUUCCUGCUGUGACACCUGGAGUCUGUUUUUAUGACCAUUAUGUUAUUUUUAUUCCACAAAGAGCUUUUAGAGUUUUUCACACUGAAGGUUCAUUCACUACAAGUUGGUGUUUAAAGGACAGUUCUGCUGUUUUUCUACAGUGAACUCCAGUGUGGUGUGACCAUGCUGGGUGGAAGCAUGAAGCGGAGCAGGCCCGUGACCUCAGGAGGCAGAACUGUCCUUUAUCACUGGGUUUUAUGAACACCAUUGCACAAGUUUAAUGUUUGUGUGUGAUCGGUGGAGUGUUUGUGCACAUGUGCACCGUGUCUGAAAUGUUUCUGUCUCCGUUCUGGAACCAGGAAGAAAGAGCUGGAGAACAAAUGAGGUGUUCUUCUUCAUCAGUGAGGUCUUCCAGCUUCAUGAAAAGCAGAGCAGAACCCCGGCACACAGCAUUUCCAGAACUCCAUUCAAACCAUCCUGCUUUCAGUUGUAGCUUCACCACAUCUGUGAUCUGGUGUUUCUGCAGCAGAAUAACUUGAUCCGAUUCUGAUUUCAAACACGGAAACUGAGUUAUUCAGUUUGGAAACAGUUAGUUUGAACGCUAGUGUCUUUGAAAAGUAUUCACCCCCUUGGCUUUUGACCUAUUUUCUAAUGUUCCAAUCUGUAAUUUAAAUGUUUUUAAAAUCUUAUGUCAUGGAUCUGCACAAACUAGUCUUAAGUUAGAGAAGUGAAAUGAGAAAAAUAUAUAUAUUAAAGAAAAUUGGCAUCUGCAUAUGUUUUCAACCCCUUUGCCAUGAAGUCCCGAAAACGUUCUGGUGCCUCUAAUUACCCUCAAAGUUCCAUAAUUACUGAAAUGAAGUUCACCUGUGCAGGUCACAUGAUCUGUCAGUAUAACCACACCUUAUUAAGGGCAUUAAUCAGAGAGGCAGCACAGAAACCAAAGGUAACCCUGGAGGAGCUGCAGAGUUUCACAGCAGAGACCGGAGAAUCUGUCCAUAGGACUACAAUAAGCCUCCAUAGAGCUGGGCCGGAAAUUUGCUUAAAGGCACGUAGGCAACUCCCCUGACAUGGAGGAAGGAGCUCUGUUCAAAUGAGGGUAGAAUAUAAGUUUUUCAAAUCCAACAGAUCCCAUCUCCUCAAGAACACUUUCACCAUAGUAAAACAUGGUGCUGACAGCAUCAUGCUGUGGGGAUGUUUUCCAGCAGCAGUGACUGGGAAACUGGUUCGAGUGGAGGGAAAGAUGGGUGGUGCUAAAUACAGGGACAAUUCUGGAGCGAAACCUGUCAGUCUCCCUGUAAUCUGAGUUUGGGACGGAGGUUCACCUUCCAGCAGGGCCACGACCUGCAGCAAACUGGUCCAGUCAAAGUCCAGACUGAGAAUCUGUGGUUAGACUUGAAGAAUGCUGUUCACGUGGUAAAAACAUCCAACAUGAAGGAGCUAGAGCAGAUUAGCCUUAAGGAAUGGGUAAAAGUACCAGUGGGAGGAUGUAGCGAGCUCAUGGAGAUUGAUCUAAAGCCACUUGGAGCUGGAAUUGUUUUACAAAGUACUGACUUUAGGGGAGUGAACAGUUAUACACGCUGAAGGUUUCUGUUAUUUUGGCCUAGUUGUCCUUUGCUUCACAAUAGAGAAAAUAAUACAUCUUCAAUGUUGUAAGAAUGUUCUGUAAAUGAAAUGGUGACAACUUUUAAUCAAUUUUAACUCCAGGUUUAAGCUCCAGGCAACGGAACAUGAAAAAUACCUAGGGGGUGAAUACUUUUGCAAGGCAGUGUAUGUCCCAAUCUGAAUGAGAAACUAUCAGAACCAUCUGAGCAGCCCAGAUUCUGACUCUGCAGCCUGGAACAGGAAGCUGCAGUGGUUUGUGUUGAAACCGAACCCCUGACCUACUCCACUCCACAUGCCCUCACCUGCCCAGACAGGUGUGUUUGUGUGCAGAGCGCCGGGCGGACCCAGACACCUCAGCCUCCUCAAGAGAGCCGCAGCUUUAGGUAAAUCCUGCUUUAAACGGGUCGGGUCGUUAGCGGCCUGCUAAUGAGGUCUGAGCAGAUCGAAACAGGCCCCCACGAUGCAGCAGGGAGGGGGCGGGGCCUCUGUGUGCCAGACUUUAUAAUUAUCUGAUGUUUAUGCAGGCGUGGAGUGUUUGUGUGUCAGGAGCUUCACCUGACCACAAGUGUGGUGCUCAGAGCUCCUGAUCCACAGGGAUUCCUCACUAUGAGCCGAGUUUUUAAUGGAUCCAUUUCUGAUUCAGCUGUGAGAUUCAGGCCCGGUAACCAUGGCGUUCUGCUUUGUUCAUGAGAACAGUUCAGUUUCAGUUCAGAGAGUCUAGGAUCUGUUCAGGAAAGUAAAACACAGAACACCUGCUGUUUACCUGCUGGGUGUCUGGUUCCCAUGGUAACGUGAUGCUCAACUGUAAAUGCAGCUUCUUCAGUAACGAGAUGUCCAUCUCAGCUGAGGAUCAACACAGCUCAGUUUGGAUUAACCGCUGAGAAGAUGUCAGAGACCAGCCUCUACUGUGUUUGAAGAUCAUCAGGGGUGAGAUGAAUCUGAUCGCUGUAACACCUGUGAGGUGUCUAAAACCCAAACCUUUGAUCAACUACGUGAACGUGGAUCAGUCAGAUCCGCUGAUUGUGUUUUUCUAAUGAAGCUCUGAGGUGUGUGGUGUCUGCUGAAGGUUUGAAUCCAGGUGUAGUGGGAAACCUGCUGGGAGCCUCUCUGAGCACCUCCUGCAUCGUUCUCACCUUUCUAUUGUUGUAUUUUCUAGUCUUCUUCUCCAGCUGCAUGUUGUGAAGGGAGGUGUUUGCAUGAAUAUGUGGGGGGGAGGGGGCAGCUCUGAUUUCUCUGUUGCCGGGCAGCAUUUCUCUGUCAGUCAGCUUUUUUUAUAUCAGCACAGAGACCUGGUGAAGGGGGGUUUACAUGUAUGAUAUAAAUUAAAUCUGAGUUAAAGUUC